UUGCCCGGCAACGCACCCAAUCAAUUAUCGAUUUAUGUCGCGCAAUCGUUACCGAUUACUAUUGACAACGACAUCGUCGGUGAGCCCGAUAUCGAGUGUUUAGAGGAGGAAAUUCGAAUAUGGGUGAAAACAAGAAAGCCUUUCGCAGGUCGGAUUUAUGCCAAAGGUAAAGCGGAUGUGGAAGAAUGCAGUAAAGACGAUUUUGCCAAGGAGCGUACAAAAAAACCGCAUUUUGAUCUACAGUUUGGUGUUUGUGGUAUGAAAAGCUUACGAUCGGUCGACCCACGCGGAAUGUACUACGGUGUCACUAUAGUGGUUUCAUUUCAUCCGCUGUUUAUCACGAAAGUCGAUCAGGCAUUUCAUGUGAAAUGCUUCUUUGAAGAGGCAAGUCAUGGACUUACGGCUGAGCUGGGUGUAAGCAUGAUUCCGACGACGGAAGUAAAUGCACGCCAUGGUAUACCUGGUUGUUCUUACAGUAUUCACAAGAGUUCCAUUGAUGACCUAGACCAGGGUAAGCCGGCUGGUCCACCGAUUCAAUUUGCUCGGAUUGGCGAUCGAGUACUUCAUCAGUGGCACUGUAAUGAUAAGAUGUUCGGUGUGUUAAUAAAUAAUUGUUAUGUGACUGAUGGAUUCGGUAAGAAAGCCGACGUCGUUAAUGAUAAAGGAUGUCCAGUGGAUCCGAUUUUAAUCACUGGGAUACGGUACUCUACUGAUCUACAACGUGCAUAUGCUGAAUCAUCGGUUUUCAAAUUUGCCGAUAAACCUGGUGUUUGGUUUUUCUGUCAGAUUCAGAUGUGUAUGAAGAAAUCCGGAAUGUGUAAUGGAAUAACCGUAAGGAUUUCUGUUUGUUUAAAAGUUACGAAGGAUUCUGAAACAAUCGAUGCCUAUCCACCAGCUUGCGCUACAACUGCUCCUCCGAUCGAGGAACGAGAAGAUGGCUAUCCGUUGUCGUCUGGACCACCAUAUCCGCCAUCAGUGCCACCAUUAGAUGAGCUUGCAUAUCCAGAGCCGACAAUACCACAACCAAAGGCGACGACUUCAUCAAACGAUUAUUUCGAAAACAGACGGCAUAGCGAGUACUUGGAAUAUCCGGAAGAAAACAAGCGUCGGAAACUGCACAAGUCCGUUUCAGAUUUUCGUGACUACAAUGACUACGAUGAUGUUACCAUUCCACCAAACCUCAGCGAUUUACUAGCAAACCUCCCAGAUGACGUCAGCGCGGAAACACUUCAAAAAAUGUUCCGGUCAAUCACUGAUGGAGGGGGUCGAAUUGUUGAAGAAACAGCUAAAGGUUCGUUAACUCUAUUCAAUCUCUGCUCUGGUAAGUUUUCGUCAAAAAUUUUGCUACCGUAUACGAAACAACCAACGUUUAGUUCAUGUUAG